AUGGAGAGCCUCCCAUACGAGCUUAUACGCGAGAUCCUUCACCUAUCCAAUCAACCGCUCAUUCGACUCGAGGCUCGUAGCGAAUUCUUCCACGGUUUAAACGCGCGUACAUCCGUCUAUGGGCACGAUAAGUUGGAUAGAACGGGGUUCCCUGCUCUGAGGCUCGUACAAGAGCGGUUUGCGGAAUACCGCCUGAUAUGCAAAGCCAUCGAGCCCAUUGCCCUCGACCUUUUGCUUCACGACGUAAUAUUAUCACCUACCGUGGCAUGCAUCGCAUCCUUUCACGCCUUUCUCCGGACCAAAAGCAGCCCAUGGGGAAGCAAGCCGCUUGGCUAUAUUAGGAGAAUCAUGUUCGCGCCUCACCCUGCUGAGACAAAGCCCGACAAGUACCCUGCGUAUUCGGAAGAGCACGCGCAGAUAUGUUCCAUUCGGAAUCUCUGUCCCAACCUUGCGACGAUCGAGAUGUUUGACACGUGCACGUAUCCGACGGCGAUUCCAGAUUGGCUCGUCGGUGUUGAGCAUCUCGCAGUCGUAUCCUCUUGGGCCGGAUGGCCGGCGAGCUUUCUUCCCACCAUUGUCCAUUCAAAUCCUACCCUCGAAACCCUCAUCAUCUCAGCAGAGACGCUUGAGAUUCACUCCACGAUUCACAUCCCUACUCUUCGAAGACUAGAGAUUGUGACAAAGCAUUACUUUGAUCUAAAGCUCAUCACUGCCCCGAUGCUCGAAUCGUGCACUCUUUCGAUUUCUCACCUCUUGGAGACAUCUUUAGACGAUGCCAGCGUCUUUCUCCGGAGAAAUGGUCACGUAUUGCAGUUCCUGCGGAUCAAACAGGCCAGCAAUGCUGCUCUGCAACACCAAUCCUAUUACCCCACGCCACUCAGUCAUAUUCACGACCUGGCACAUGCCUGUCCUCGUCUCGAAACGAUUCACGUGUCAGACUACUACACAUGUGCCGCUCUUCGGCGCGACCCACAUCCGACGCUCAAGACUCUCAUCAUCGAUUAUCUCUAUCACACAGAGGCCCUACGAAACUUUGAUACAUGGAGGGUCAACGACAAUCAAUUCGCUCAUUUCAGCACUGUCGUCCUAAUGAUGAGAUCAUAUACCCCACAAAUGAAGCCAGCCGUCUUGCAAAUCGUCGAGGAAGACGUCCGGUUCUUUGGUGUCACGACGAUCGUUGUCGAGCCCUACUGUCUACCAGUUGUUAUUUCACCUCGAAUUAGCAAAGAAUCGGCGGCGACGCGCACUUGCGACCAAGUACUGUUGGCGCAGGCGUCGGAGCAUCGUGUCGGCUUGAGCUACUCGUAUUGGUAG